AUGACCACUCCAAUCCGCCGAUCUACCACCGAGAUCGGUCUCGCUUUCGAAAAGCACAGCCAGCGCUACCUCAAUACGCAGCUGCACAUGUCGCUCCGUCGAGUCGGGCGAGCAGGGGAUGGGGGCGUAGAUCUCAGAGGGAGCUGGUAUGUCCCUCGUGAGGCUGUGGCUGCUGGUCCAUCUCGGCCAAGGUUGAUGAGUGAGGAGGGUGCAAUGGGAAGAAGGGAGGAAUGGAGGAGGCUAAGAAUUGUGGGGCAGUGUAAGGCGGAAAAAAAGGGAUUGGGGCCGAGGGCUGUUAGAGAGCUUGAAGGGGUCGUGGCGCAUCUUGAGGGUGCGAGGCGAAAAGGCAAAGAACGCUGCAUCACUCCAGACGACCAUCCCGAGUCCAUCAACGCGGACGGUCAUAUGCUCGAUCAUCCCCUUUCACCCGAAGAUGAAGAGCUCGGACAAGACAUCAUUGCCAUCCUCCUGUCACAAUCUGGGUUCUCAAAGAAUGCGAUGCUGCAUGCGUCCAAAUCCCAUACGCCCUUGAUGCUCGUUCAUCUUCCGGGCGGACAGGCGUUACAUCCCACAGGCGAUGAUAAGUCGAGACGGAAGGAAGAAGAGAUAGAGGCUGAAGUCGGGGGUGUAUGGUGGAACGCUGCGAUGUCUGGACCGGUAGGGGUGUUGGGUGGGAAGAUGGAGUUGAGGAGGGAGAUACUAGAGGGGAGUGGGGUGAAUGCUGUCACGGGGGAUGCGAGAGUACGGGCGCGGUAUAGGCUGUAUCAUAGCGGAAAGAGAUUUGGGCGGUUGGGACCGGGACUCAGCGAAGACGAGCAAGAAUACUAA